AAUCACGCAGUCACCAUUUCUCUGUGACAAACACUACUUCCAACUCGGUGCUCCACCGUUUCCACUCCAAACCCAAAAUCACCGCGCCCUUUCGACUCCGCCACAAACCCCCUCACAACCAGAAUCCCAUUUCCUUCACCUGAAUCUCCAAUCAUCCUAAUUCGCGGAAGUGAAAUUAGGGUUAGGUUAACACUUCCCAAUCAUCAAUCCAUUCCUUAUUAACGAAUUGGUAACCCUAUCGUAGCUGCAUAAAUUUUCGCUUAAUUGAUAAUUUAGGGUUUUUACUGUCGAUAUGUCUAAUAAUUCGGGGGGUCGAGUUACCAUUACUCUUGGACGUAGCGGUCAGGUUGUGAAGAGGGGCAUAUCUGAUGUUGCUUUCUCUUCUUCUAUGUCUUCGGUUGGGACUAAGAGAUCUGUGAGAGACAGAAUUGGAAAUAAUGCAGACGGUUCUAUGUGGCAUGGAAAUGGACUUGGCGGCAAUAAACGACAGCGAGGAGAUGUAAGCAUGCAAAAUGGAUUGGAUGAUGGGCGUAUUGGCAAAGAUGAUCUCCGAGUGAAACUCAUGCAAAAAAGUGCAUCAAGGAUGGCUGAAAGUAAUGGAAAUAAGAGGCACGUGGACCUCCGUGAAAAAUUGUCGAAGACAGCUCACCAUUCACCGAACAGUUUUACUUCAAAGCAGCGCAUGCCUGAACCAAGGGAAACAAGCUUGUUCAGGUCAGUUCCCUCCGCUAGAAGUUCCGAUGAUUUAAUGCGUGUGGAGUCCAUGCGAAGCAAUUACACUCCAUGGACACUGGAUCAAAUUCGGAAAAGAUCACCAGAUGGGUUUCCAAGUACUUCCAGGGCAAUUUCCCCCCAAAGAAAUGUUGGAGACCUACAAAGAAGGCCAUUAAACAGGACAUAUGAUGGUGUCAGACCACUUACAUAUGUAGGUAGGGAUGUUCUUGAUGCUUCAAGGCCUCCAAAUGCUGCACCUUCAUCUUUCAUGUCACGAUCCACAGUAUCUACAUUGCCUCCAGUAACUGCUAAGCCUGUAACAUCUCAUCCUGUCCAACUUCCUCCGUCAAGCAGUGUUGCACAAAGGGCUCCGUUUGUGGGCGAGGAACAGCCAACACAAACUGUUGAUGGCCUGUUACAGGCACUGGGACUACAAAAAUAUGCCAUUCUCUUCAAGGCCGAGGAAGUGGAUAUGACUGCAUUGAAGCAGAUGGGAGAACAUGACCUCAAAGAACUUGGAAUUCCUAUGGGUCCUAGGAAAAAAAUUCUUCUUGCACUCUUGCCUCGUAAACGUCAACAGUGAUGAGUGUCUAUUGUGCUUGAUGCUGAAAUUGACACAUUGUUGGAUCCCAUGGCUUUAUAAAAUAUAUUAGCUGAUGGUAAAUUACACAUCUGAGAAACUUUACUAGUUAAUAGUAUACAUGCCUUGUUCCGUCUGGGGUUCGAGUGUCUCUUGUAUUCACUGUCACAUUUUUGCAUUCAAGAACAAGUAUCAGCUGAAAAUUUUGUUGCAAAUAUUGGUCUGUAAUGUACUGUAUGUACUUAUUUUAAUUGAAAGAAAUAGGAACCAGAAUCAGUUUAUUCCUAAUUGAUGUAGGAUUCAAAUUGAGAUUGAAAAUGACUGUGCUUUGUCUGGAAGAUUUUCCCUUGUAGUGAUCGAUACUGUGGAGUUGAUUUAUGCUCUUGGAAGAAUGUCGAGCUUUACCACUGAUCUCAAUGUUUGGGACGAAUAGUCAAA